AUGGGUGAUGUCCUCGUAGAAUCUUCCGCGAACGCAGUGCUGCCUCACAAGAAAUCUGCGCCAGCAGACUCAAUACCGAACAUCGACUCGCUCGAAGGAUCGGGCAACGAUGGUGGUGAUGAGUACUCGACCCUGAAAAGAUAUCAAAGACAUCUUGAAUACAUUCAUUUACAGGAAGAGUACAUCAAGGACGAGCAGAGGAGUCUGAAACGUGAACUCGUUAGGGCGCAAGAGGAGAUCAAGAGAAUUCAAAGCGUACCGCUCGUUAUUGGGCAAUUCAUGGAAGCUAUUGAUCAGAACACCGGCAUUGUGCAGUCAUCCACAGGUUCGAACUAUGUUGUGCGAAUACUGUCCACACUCGACCGUGAGAAGCUGAAGCCAUCCUCCUCGGUCGCACUUCACCGCCACUCUAAUUCCCUUGUUGACAUCCUUCCACCUGAAGCCGACUCUUCAAUUGCCAUGCUCGGCGCAGACGAGAAGCCUGACGUCACCUAUGCCGAUGUUGGGGGGUUGGACAUGCAGAAACAAGAAAUCAGAGAAGCAGUCGAAUUACCAUUGACGCAUUUCGAUCUCUACAAGCAGAUUGGCAUUGACCCACCCCGUGGCGUCCUUCUUUAUGGGCCCCCAGGAACAGGUAAAACCAUGCUCGUUAAAGCCGUAGCCAACUCCACCACUGCAAACUUCAUCCGCGUCGUCGGGUCCGAAUUCGUUCAAAAAUACCUUGGCGAGGGUCCUCGAAUGGUCCGUGACGUUUUCCGUAUGGCUCGAGAAAAUUCCCCUGCUAUCAUUUUCAUCGAUGAGAUCGACGCAAUCGCUACGAAGCGUUUUGACGCUCAAACAGGCGCUGAUCGAGAAGUGCAGCGAAUUCUGUUGGAGCUACUCAACCAAAUGGACGGCUUCGACCAGACUAGCAACGUCAAAGUCAUCAUGGCUACCAACCGCGCAGACACAUUAGAUCCCGCACUAUUGAGACCCGGCCGACUGGACCGGAAAAUUGAGUUCCCGAGUUUGAGGGACAGACGUGAGAGACGACUCAUUUUCACCACCAUCGCAUCGAAGAUGUCAUUGUCGCCUGAAGUGGAUCUCGACUCCCUUAUCGUCAGGAACGAUCCGUUGUCGGGUGCGAUAAUCGCGGCGAUCAUGCAGGAGGCGGGAUUGAGGGCUGUUAGGAAGAACAGGUAUAAUAUUAUCCAGUCGGAUCUGGAGGAUGCAUACUCAAGCCAGGUUAAGGGGGCGCAAGAGGCUGAUAAGUUCGACUUCUACCGCUGA